AUGGCCGUCUCAGACGACGAGCCCCGACUGGGUGACAAGGAACUAGAACAGUCCACCCUCCAUAACGGCAGCCUCAAUGGCAGCCUCUCCGACGGACCUGCCGAGGGCCAGCCGUCUGCACCACCCGACGAAAAGGACGUUGUCGAGACCGGGACGGAUGCACACGUAGCUGCCGCCCCAGCGCCCUCGGCCGCCGAACCACUCUACGAAGACGGCCGCUCGACGCUGCAGACCGUCCUCAUUAUGGUGUCGCUCUGCUCCGCGCUCUUUCUGGGCGCCCUCGACGUCACCAUCGUCACCGUCGCCAUCCCCACCAUCUCGGCCGACUUCCACAGCACCAUUGGCUACACCUGGAUCGGCUCCUCCUACCUGCUGGCCAACGCCGCCACCGCGCCCUCCUGGGGCAAGAUCUCGGACAUCUGGGGCCGCAAGCCGGUGCUGCUCGGCGCCGUCGCCAUAUUCUGGGUCGGCUCGCUGCUCUGCGCCGUCAGCAUAAACAUGACCAUGCUCAUCGUCGCCCGCGCCGUCCAGGGCAUCGGCAGCGGCGGCAUCAUCAUCCUCGUCAACGUGUGCAUCGGCGACCUCUUCUCCAUGCGCCGCCGCGGCCAGUACUACGGCUUCACGGGGCUCGUCUGGGCCGUCGCCGGCGGCAUCGGCCCCGUCGUCGGCGGCGCCCUGACCCAGCACGCCACCUGGCGCUGGUGCUUCUACCUCAACCUGCCCAUCUCCGGCGCCGGCUUCGUUUUGUUGGUCCUGGUCCUGCGCCUGCACAACCCCAAGACCCCCCUGCGCGCCGGCCUCGCCGCCGUCGACUGGCUCGGCAGCGCCGCCGUGUGCGCCGGCACCCUGCUGGUGCUGCUCGGCCUGACCUUUGGCGGCGUCCUGUACCCCUGGGCGUCGCCCGCCGUCGUGGUCCUGAUCGUGGUCGGCGCCCUCGUCCUCGUCGCCUUUGGCGUCAUCGAGGCCCGCGUCGCCCGCUACCCCAUCAUCCCGCUGCGCCUCUUCCGCGCGCGCGUCGCCGUCGCCUCCUUUGUCUGCUGCUUCUUCCACGGCGUCGUCUUCGUCGCCGGCAGCUACUACCUCCCGCUCUACUUCCAGGCCGUCCUCGGCGCCCCGCCGCUGCUCUCCGGCGUCUACGUCCUGCCCUACUCCAUCGGCCUCUCCGUCGCGAGCGCCGCCACCGGCAUCGCCAUCAAGAAGACGGGCGUCUACCGGCCCUUUAUCAUUGGCGGCUUCGUGCUGCUGGCGCUCGGCUUCGGCCUCUUGGCCGACCUCGGCGACCGCGCCCACUGGGCCAAGAUCGUCCUGUACGAGCUCGUCGCCGCCCUCGGCGUCGGCCCCAACUUCCAGGCGCCCCUGCUGUCGCUGCACACCACCGUCGACCGCCGCGACAUCGCCUCCGCCACCGCCACCUUUGGCUUCGUCCGCCAGAUGGCCACCGCCAUCUCCAUCGUCCUCGGCGGCGUCGUCUUCCAGAACCGCAUGCAGCAGCAGCACGCCGCCCUCGUCGCCACCCUCGGCCCGGACGCCGCCGCCCUCCUGUCCGGCCGCAACGCCGCCGCCAGCGUCGACGCCGUCGCCACCCUCCUCACCGACCCCGCCGCCCGCCAGACCGCCCGCACCGCCUACUGGGUCGCCCUCCGCACCAUGUUCGCCCUCUACGCCGCGCUGGCCGGCGUCGGGCUCCUGGGCUCCCUGUUCAUCACCCAGACGACCCUGAGCAACGAGCACGUCGACCACAAGACGGGCCUCGACGGCAUGCGCAGCCGCGACGACGACGACGACACGAAGAGCAAGAAGACCAACAAGGCGCAGCCGACCCACGGCGACGGCGCGACGGGUGUCAAGGGGGAGGUAUAA